ACAUGCUUCCUGUUUUUUUGGAAGUCGUUCCUUGCUAAAUCUGGCAGAAGGAAACAAGGAGGUGUGGAUGGAUUUGCGAGGGCUUUGACAGUCAGGCUAUACAAGUGGACAUCGCAGUUUGUCCGAGUAGAACGGGAGGCCUCCCGAAGACGCGCUUGUUCGUACGCUCCUUCCCCGCCUGCGGCGCCAGUGACAUCAUGGCGCUGAGCUCAGGCGGGUGGGUGCACACACCUCCCUCGGGCCCGACUCCGGCUCCGUCCGCGUCCUCUCCGGACAGCGGGCAAGUGCAGGCACGCGCGGGUUGCAGCACUGUGCUAAUGUCAGUGCCAGUGUCAGUUUGCCACUCGGGGAUGCGGCCGCUGUGUUUCCCCGGCACUGGAGACGAGUCUCUCCGCCUACAACUCAGCAUGGAUCCCGGCCGGGCCGGGGAGUUCCGCCUAGCGUUGAAGGAGGCCAGUGGCUCGGCGCGAAGUGUGUCCAUUGCAGAAUUUGAUUUGCGCUCUGUGCGUUAUGAGGUCAAGUCCCCACGUUGCCAUGAGCUGUGUCUGGCUUCACCCCCUAAUGACCGCAUCAGCUUCAACUUCCGCUGUGAGCGGGAGGCACAGGAGUGGGCCACUGUGGUCAUGUCAUCGCUGAGAGAAGCACACAGAGUGGCAAACAGCUCCCCUCAGCCCACUGAUGAGAGCUCACAACAGCAGGAGCCUGUUAGCCAUAGAGGCACCAUCUCCACCAUCUCUUUGCACCGCGUAGAGGAGGUGUGUGGGGAGCUUAUGCGGGCCAUCGAGAGAGGAGACCCUCAGUCAGCCUCACAAAGUGCAGUCGUUCUGGCCCGCCAGAAGGUGGCACUGAAGAUUCAGCCAUCAGAGAAGAACUAUAUGGACACAGAGAUCAGCUUGGCUGUGGCCGUGGAGGAUGCUGCUUCUUCCUGCUGCGUCACAGUGAAAGUUUUUCCACAUAUGACCAUUGCAUCACUCAAGCAACAGGUGUUCCUGGAGUAUGGCUUCCACCCCCGUGUGCAGCGCUGGGUUAUUGGGCAGUGCCUGUGCACUGAUUCACGCUCGCUGGCAUCCUACGGUGUGCAGCAACAUGGGGAUACAGCCUUUCUGUACCUCCUUUCAGCCCGACAGGCCCGUCUGACUCGGCAGCUGUGUCAGCAGGACCAGGAAAAUGCCCUGCUUGUGCCUACAGCACCCAGCAACGGUCCUGCCUCUCAAGACUGGAGGGGCUACAGCACUCUACCCUCCAGGCUUUCACAUGGGAGCACAGGAAGCACAGGGGGUGGUACAGAAAGACUUGCAGCUGGAGAGAUCCGAGAUCUGCUGAACCUGGAAGUGCUGCACCUCAGUGAACCUCUGAGCACAAACAGAACCAAUACGCAGGAAGGAUGGUCUUGCCCCUCCUGCACGUUCAUUAACAAGCCCACACGGCCUGGCUGUGAGAUCUGCAGCACAGACCGGCCUGAGAACUACACGGUGUGUGGGGAGUACCGGACUGAUGCACUGGAGCUACGGCGCCUCCAUCAGGAGAGAGAGGCUGUCUGGCAAUACCAGCAGGAGAAAGGGAGGCGUGAGGAACUGGGAAGCACUGGAAUACAGAAGUCCCUGUACCCGCCUAACCCGGCCCAUAGCCAGGACUACUGACAAAAGAGUUUGCUGCAGAGCGUGAAUCCAACCUGUUGUUGGAUGGCUGACACCAGAGAACAAAUGGACACAACCAGCAGUGUGAACCCACAAUAUGAAUGUCUGCUACCAACAUUCAUACGGAAUAUACCUUACAUUACACAUUUUUAUCAACCAUCAAAUGCACACUUAAUUGCUAAUUUACAUGUAUAGUAGACUGGACUUUAUUUGUGGCGGAGACAGACCAUUAGACUGAAAGUGAAGUACAGACACACAGUGGCACCUCAGUGUGUUGAAGAUAUUCUGCUAUUUUUACUGUGCACUCAUUCCCUUCUUCCAGACAUUUGUGGCAAAGUCCAUUGUCAGUCAGAUAUGUUAGGGUGGAUGACUGGUUGUUAAAGACUUGUAAUAUUUUACUUGUAUAUUUGACAGACCCAAAAGAUGGUGUUUUUUUUAAGAACUUGUAAUCCUGUUGAUUUUAAACUGUGAAAGGUUCAGUGCAAGAGCAUACAUUUGUUCAUACUUGUUGGCAGAGAACCACCACCUGCUUGACUGGGGAUUGUAAUUUGGGUUGUGGGGAUUAAUGGGCUUCAGGGAAGUCAACAUUCAAGUGGUUAUAUUUUAUAUGGCAAUAUUUUGAGUGGUUUAUUAGUUCAAAACUAUUCCAUCAGGAUAUUUUAGACAUGAACAAAAUUAAGGUAUUUGAGGGUUUUAGAAGAACAGGCCCAUUGCUUCACUAAGCAUGAACAGAAAAUGUACAUGCAUGUGGAAAAGCAACUGUAUUGUAUCCCUCAAUAUAUUAAAAAUAGAAAGCUUUAAUAAAUUAUUUUAUUGACUGGUUGAAUUUUAUGACCUCCUUUCUUGGCCAUGCUUCUAACAGUGGCUUCUCUGUGCUCCAUGGAUCUUAACAGGGCUUUAAAUUACUUAUGUGCCCGUACUAGGAACGGCAUCAUCUGGACACCUUUGUCGAUUAGCUGACAAAUGAGCAGUAUCAGAUACUCUUUCACUUUCAGUAUUUACACUCUAUAGUUAAUACAUCUGUGAUGUUUGAAAAUUACCACCAUAGUCACACAGGUUUUAUUUUAAAUUUUAUAUAUAUAGAAAAUUUUUAUGUUUACUCAUACCUGAGGCCUAUGUGAAGUACUAGCCCAAGUUUUAUACUAGUGUUCAAAAGUUUGGAAUUGCCCAGAAAUUUUCAUCUUAUUGAAACGGAACAAUUUUUUUAAUCAAGAUACCAUUACAUUGAUUUACAAUAUAUAGCCAAGACAUCAUUACUAAUAUUGCAAAUGGCUAUUACUGCUUGGAAUGACAGAUUUAUAAUUUAUUAUUCACAUAUAAUCGCAAAGCCCCAUUUUCAGCAGCCAUUACCCUUGUCCAAUGGUACACUCUGAGCUCAUCCUUGAUCAUUUAAUUGUUUACUAGAGAAACCUUUGUAACAAUGUUAGCACAGCUGACACCUGUUAUUCUAUUUAAUAAAGCGAAUAAAUUUUUUUCUUGGGUUACAAGGUACUGGAAUUCCUAAAGGUAAUUUCUGGGUUCAAAAAUGGCCCAACUUAACAGCUUUCUUAAGACGUCAGCCCAUUAUUGUUUUGCAAAAUUAAAGUUAUUCCAUGCAUCAGAUUACCAAGAAACUGAAGCUUUCAUACACAUUUUCCACUACUAUCUUGAGAAAAGAGGGCAAAGGAUUUAACUAGGAUAGAAAAAGUGGGAGGCCCAAAUGCACAACUGCCCAAGAGACUGUAGUUUCAGAAACAGACACCUUACAGGUCCCCAGUUGGAUUAUUUAGUACAUGCCGGAUACCAGUGCCCUCUGCAGUGGAAAGAUGACUCUAGGGUGCUGGCAUUACAGAUAGUUUCAAAGAAAAAGUCUUAUUUGAAACUAGCUAAUAAAGAGACAGGGUUAAAAUAAGUAAAGAACAAACGGACACUCAAUGACUGGAAAAGAGUGUUAUGAACAGAUGAGCAAGUUUGAGGUGUUUGGAUCAAGGAGAAUAUAUGUGAGAUGUGAAGCAAAUGAAAGGAUCCUGGUAGAGUGCUUGAUGCCUUCAGUCAACCAUGGUAGAGGAAAUGUAAUGGUAAAGUCUGACACAAAACAGUUAUAAUAAUAAAAAUGUUAUAGCAUUGUCAAUGUAUUAACCAUGAUUUCUGAUCAAUUUAAUACUAUGUUGGUGGAAAAAAAAUCAAUUUUUCUCAAAAAAAUUCUAGGUUAUGGCAAACUUUUGAACACUCGUGUACAUAAAAUUGGACGUUGAAUGUUCAGCCUUAAUAGAAGUCUCUUUGAUUGUGAGUGAAAAGGAGAAUGAGAUGUCUCAUAAAAAAGCUAGAAGGUUCAUUCCACUGUAACAUAUCAAGUGACUCAAAAUGCAGGAUUAAACACAUGGCCCGCGUAUUCCAUCUGAGAUACAGAUGUGGGUGUGGGCACAACCCCAAACUUGCUGUGGGCUAUUAAAGAUACGUAUGGCAUCACAUGCAGCUUUUAAAAAAAAAAAAAA